AUGCCACAAGCGUUGCCAAAUUUCUCUAGUUCUGUGAAACUCAAGUAUGUCAAACUUGGGUACCAAUACCUUGUCGAUCACAUUCUAACCUUCUUGUUGAUUCCAACCAUGGUGGGAAUUUCGGUCCAAAUUAUCCUGUUAGGCCCGGAAGAAAUGCUCAAAAUUUGGCGAUCACUCGAUAUUGACCUUGUGCAAAUCUUGUGCUCUUCUUUCUUGAUCAUCUUGAUUUGCACUCUCUACUUCAUGUCAAAGCCUCGGUCGGUAUAUCUAGUUGAUUAUGCCUGUUACAAGCCACCCAUAACAUAUCGUGUCUCUUUCUCGACUUUCAUGGAACACUCUAGACUAAAUCUAAAGGAUAAUCUCAAAAGCGUCGAUUUUCAAAUGCGGAUUCUUGAAAGAUCAGGCCUUGGAGAAGAAACCUGUUUGCCUCCUGCAAUUCACUAUAUCCCUCCAACCCCUACAAUGGAAGCGGCCCGAGGAGAAGCCGAGGAAGUCAUUUUCUCUGCCAUUGAUUCCCUUAUGCAGAAAACGGGGAUCAAAGUGAAAGAUAUAGACAUUCUUAUCGUAAAUUGCAGCCUUUUUUCUCCCACACCAUCCCUUUCAGCUAUGGUUGUGAAUAAGUACAAACUCAGGAGUAACAUAAAGAGUUACAAUCUUUCUGGAAUGGGGUGUAGUGCGGGCUUAAUAUCAAUGGAUUUGGCUAGAGAUCUUCUGCAGGCACAUCCAAAUUCAUAUGCACUUGUUGUUAGUACUGAAAUUAUUACGCCAAAUUACUAUAAAGGUUCAGAAAGGGCAAUGCUUCUUCCAAAUUGCUUGUUUCGAAUGGGCGGUGCUGCGAUUCUUUUAUCGAACAAGAGUCGUGAUAAACAUCGUGCUAAGUAUCGAUUAGUGCACGUGGUUAGAACCCACAAGGGUUCUGAUGAUAAGGCCUAUAAAUGUGUUUACGAACAAGAAGAUUCACAGGGAAAAGUCGGGAUUAAUUUGUCAAAAGACCUUAUGGUUAUAGCUGGUGAAGCUUUGAAAUCCAAUAUAACCACAAUAGGCCCUUUAGUCCUUCCUGCAUCAGAACAACUCCUAUUUCUCAUCACUUUAAUUGGUCGAAAAAUCUUUAACCCAAAAUGGAAACCCUACAUUCCUGACUUCAAACAAGCCUUUGAACACUUCUGCAUCCAUGCCGGAGGCCGGGCGGUAAUCGAUGAACUUCAGAAGAACCUCCAACUGUCUUCUGAACAUGUUGAGGCCUCUAGAAUGACACUGCAUAGAUUUGGGAACACGUCGUCUUCUUCGUUAUGGUACGAAUUGAGUUACAUUGAGGCCAAAGGCAGGAUGAAGAAAGGGGACAGAGUUUGGCAAAUAGCUUUUGGAAGUGGAUUCAAAUGUAACAGUGCUGUAUGGAAAUGUAACAGGACAAUUAAAACACCAACUGAUGGACCUUGGCAAGACUGCAUUGAUAGGUAUCCAGUGCACAUCCCAGAAAUUGUGAAGCUCUAG